CAACUUGUUUUCUCUCGGAGUUGAAGAGCCCACAGCUCAUAAUGAAGACAAAAAGCCAGGUGACACUUAUGAACAUUCAUUUCUUGUAUAAGUUGAGUUGAACACAAAAGACACUUGUUUAGUCAUUAUCGAAAACGAUGAAGUAUUGCUAUAUUGUAAGCGCUUUUGUCAUAAUCGUGUUAACAAUAAGUGUUGUUGGGGGAAAACACAAAGGAAGGCGAUCAAAAGAUCAUUCGCGUCAUAAACACAUGCGACUCUUGACUCAGGCGAAACACUUUAGACGACCCAAGAAUCACGGGAUCCUGACUUACUCUGAUCACAGACACCAAAGAGGUCAUCGUCGUCCUCCAGGUUUGAAAUGUCGUCGAAUAAAAUUCAUUGUGAAUCGAAAUGUUCACUUGAAAAAGAAGACUACAGCGGCAUUGAAGAGACAAAUGACAAACAAGCACACGAGGAGUAUACUACACCGGGUCACCACAAACAAAAGUUCAAGAGAAGCCAAGCUGUUUGAGGAUAGACAAGGGAACUUGGUAACUUACAUUGAAGAUUGUGUUGCGUCUGAAAAUGCAGAGAAGAAGAACUUUUUCGAGAGUCAAAGAGAACUGUACAUAGAGCCUAUAUAUGGCAAAAAGAAAACUCAACGUCAUUCAACACAUCCUUCAUCAAAAGACGAUGAUAUUUCAACCGUGCAAUCAAGUGAGGAUGAAAUCAGUGAUGAUAAAAUUCUUCCAGCCACUGAAGACUCUUUGCUUCAAACAGUAUCUGAUUCCUCAGAAAUUCUAAAAGACGAUGGGCAAGACAUGAAAGAAGGAACCGCUCAAUUAUUCAAAGGCCAACAUGAAACAGAAGUUGCUUCUAACUUCGGAACUGUAUUUCAAGCUGCCAGAACGGACAGUCCUCUUCCCAAAAAACCUGAGGAGGGCAGUGAGCUUCAAAGGUAUUUUUCAUCGGCUGGUGUGACCAGCAUGGCCCGUAUAAACAGCGACGUUGUGGCGCCAGAUUCCCAACAACCUCUGAAUCUGGAUCGUCAAAAUGGUGAUCAGCUUCCAUUGCACAUGCCGAACGCCGGGUUUGUCAGCGGUCCGCCCCGUGAGACACAAGCAGAGUUUGUCAGUGAACUCUCAGAGGAUUAUGGGAACCCCCUGAGAGAUCCGGAGGAAACUCACGCAAAACCCACCCAGAAUAACGGAGGAUAUCAAGUGAAGACCUUCUCAGAAGCUUAUGAUAGACUGCAUAACGCAGAAGCGCAGGAAUUAGCGGGUUUUACUAAUGAAGCCUUAGUUCCCCAGUCGCUGGGAGAAGCGAUGAGCGUUGAAAAGGCAGAGGCAAAUUAUGAGAAGAACUACGAGACUUUAUAUGGCAAAGAUAAAUCCAUCAGACUUCAGAAAGGAGCUGCAUAUUUGCCGGAAAAGGAUAAUAAUUAGUAGUAAAUCAGCCACAGUUUCACCUGCAUCAGCUAGAUAAAAGUUUUAAUAUUUUCUUGCCUUGCAAGCAGAUAAUCUCCCUUCGCUGAAAAAGUUUCGGUUCGAGAUCAUGGAUAUCACUGAAUUCAUCAAUCAAGAAAAGAUACCAUCCAUACAAUAAAAAUCAAU